CAUACCUCAGAAAAGGCUAUAAAAUGGAUGGAAGAAAAUAAUGUACCAUUUUUGAGAUGGGUUUCUAGCAGGCCAGAUCUGUCACCUAUUGAAACUUUGUGGCACGAGAUGAAAAAGGUUCUACGACAACAUCCUGCUCGUACAGUCACCGAAGUGAGACAAAAGCUUCAAGAAAUAUGGGAUUGUUUUACACCAAAUUUUUGCCAAAACUUGGUUAACACUAUCCCAAAAGAAUUUCAGCCGUAAUAAAAAAUAAUG